CGCCUCCUCUCUCUCUCUCUUCUUACAGUGACAAAAUCAGAAGAGCGCACUGCACCUGAAUCUUGAAGGGAGAGAUGGUGAGCAAGUGCAGAAGAAUUGCAGAGGUUGUUGCAGUAAUGGAAAUGGCUCAGGUUGGCGUCACGACAAGAGCUCGAGCAGCGUUGGCCAUGGGAGGAGCUGCUGCAGCAGCUUCAGCCGAAAGAAAACCCAAGAGACGGAGGAUCAACAACGAAGAACUCAAAUUCUCAGCAUCUUCAUCUCUCGUUCAGAUUAAGGGAAUAAGGCGGCCUGAUGUCAUUCGACCGGAGGCGCAGGAACGAUGCUCUAGUCCUCCCUCCGAUGAACUCCCCUCCUCAUGUUGUUCCAGCAAUGGAUCCAUCGGACUUGAUGAAGAGAGAAUCGAAUUCGUAGAUCUGGAGGUAGAUAGCGCGCAAGUUGAAACAUCGACGUGUAACUGCGGUGACGAAAGAGAGAUGAGGCCAAAUUCAGAAGAAGCGAGACCAACGGAGGCCAACAGUCGUUGUAUAUCAACAGUGCAAAAGAUGCCGACGGAGCAAGAGCUCGAAGAAUUCUUUGCUGCUGCGGAGAGUGACAUUCAGAAACGCUUCGCAGAGAAAUAUAGUUACGACAUCGUGAAGGACGUGCCGUUGGAAGGACGUUACGAGUGGGUUCAAAUAAAGCCAUGAACCCCCCUUUCCUCCCAAGCCAAUCUGCUUCAAGAAUUAAAGAAGAAAACGACCUGAACAUGCGUUCCGGUCAUUGGGAUUAUCGGUGGGUUUAGCUAAGGUAAUUCAAUUCUCUUGCAUUCUCUUUAUGCAGGAGUCUUUUGUAUGAUGUAUAGCAUUCUUUAUCGUUCACGAAAGGGAGAAAUUAGCAGCGUUUGUUCUUUGUACGGGUUAAUCCUACCGAGAAGCCAGUGGAUAAAUAUGUAUGUUAAUUACUAAGUUGUUGAACAAACGGCUCAAAUAACGUAAAUUUAGUGGCACCCGAAAUUUCGCGUUUGUUUCUCUGUUGUUA